AUGACAACGAUGGCAAUAAUAAAACUAAUACCAACAAUAAUAGCAACAGUAGUAACAGGAAUGACAACAACUAUGAUAACAAACGACAAUAACACUGAUAAUAACAGUAACAACGACAACAGUAAUGAUAACAACAACAACAAAACAUAUAUACGUGAUAGUAAGCUACUGUAUAUUCCAAUACCAAUAAAUAUUCCAAAAGUUACGUGA